UGUGCGCCAUUAUUACUGCUGUGAGACGACGUGCGGUCAACAAUAUUAAAAAGAGCUUUAACCGGGACUGGUGCUGACUCAGUGCGUCAUUGUUUUAGUGCCAGGAAUUCUGAAGGAAGUCUUCUGCAGAGCACCUGCGGCGGACGCAGCACCAGAUAUCCAAAGAUGACAGACGACUUGGACAUUGAAGCGAUGUUGGAGGCUCCGUACAGGAAGACUUGCCUAACGAUUUCUCACCUCUACUCCCCUGAAUCCAGUGUGAUCUGUCACAAACAUGAAGGUAGUAAAAAAAAAGCCCCCAUCAUGCAUUGCUGUACUGUGGUUUUCCCAUGGUAACAUGACUGUGGCCCCCACAAUCCCCUUUUUGAGUCAUCACAGGAGGAUCAUGGGCAAGAAAACCUUCACACUGGAGAGUUAGCCAUUAGCUUAGCAUGAGCCGGGAAGCAGACACAGUUCAACAAGAGACAAUAAGACACACGUCCCUGGUCCCCUUUACAGCCUGGGACUGACUUCUGACCUCACUCUCUCACCCACACAGACACAGUGACCUUGAGACCUACUGACUCAGACUGACCUCUUGAUCCAAGUCCCUCACAGAAGUUAUUUUAAGUGUAAUUCAUAAAAAUGUUUGUACUCUCUUUUUCUGCCUCCCCCUCCUCCCACCCCUGACAUGUUGCAUCUUCGUCCUCAUGCUGUUCUCUGUCGACUCCGACAGGACGACGACAAGAGCCCAAGUCCCAACAUGGCAGAGGAUCAUUUCAAGAGAAAGAAGCGCAGCAGGAGUCGAGACAGGAAGAAGAGCCGUAGCCGAGAGCGCAAACGUAGCCGCAGCAGAGAGCGCAAACGCAGCCGUGACAAGAGAAAGAGCCGGAGUCGCAGCCGUGAUAGAAGGAGGAGUCGCAGCCGAGAACGCCGCCGCAGUCACAGUCGUGAGAGAGGAGGGCGCUACAGAGACCAGCACAAGCAUCGUCGCAGGUCCAGGAGUAAAAGUCCAAUCAGAAAGGAGAAGAGUCCAGUCAGACUGCAGCCUGCAGAUAACCUGACUCCAGAAGAGCGAGACGCUCGCACAGUCUUCUGUAUGCAGCUGGCUGCCAGGAUACGACCCCGAGACCUGGAAGACUUCUUCUCUGCUGUCGGCAAGGUGCGGGAUGUCAGAAUGAUCUCUGACAGGAACUCUCGUAGGUCGAAGGGCAUUGCUUACAUUGAGUUUGUUGAGGCCACAUCUGUUCCUCUGGCCAUUGGACUGACAGGGCAAAGGCUGCUGGGAGUUCCUAUCAUUGUUCAGGCCUCCCAGGCUGAAAAAAACAGGGCUGCAGCUGCAGCUAACAACCUGCAGAGGGGGUUGACGGGUCCAAUGAGGUUGUAUGUGGGCUCACUGCACUUCAACAUCACAGAGGAGAUGUUGAGGGGGAUCUUUGAACCAUUUGGACGGAUUGAAAGCAUCCAGCUGAUGAUGGACAGUGAGACCGGACGAUCUAAAGGCUACGGGUUCAUCACAUUUGCAGAUGCAGAGUGCGCCAAAAAAGCUCUGGAGCAGUUGAAUGGUUUCGAGCUGGCGGGUCGACCAAUGAAGGUGGGUCAUGUUACAGAGCGAACCGACGCUUCUUCUGCUUCGUCUUUCCUUGACAACGAUGAGCUGGAACGCACCGGCAUCGACCUGGGAACCACAGGGAGACUGCAGCUGAUGGCCCGCCUCGCUGAGGGUACAGGUCUUCAGAUUCCUCCUGCUGCUCAACAGGCUCUGCAGAUGAGCGGAGCUAUCGCUAUAGGAGCAAUGGCUGCAGUGUCAGCUGCCAUGAAUCCAGCUCUGAACAUGAACACAGCCAUGAACCUUCCAUCUCAGCCACUGGCGACUCACUGUUUUCAACUGAGCAACAUGUUCAGCCCCAACAGUGACCUCCCCCCCGGUUGGGAAGUGGACAUUCAACAUGAUGUCAUCGAGGAGUGCAACAAACAUGGAGGAGUCGUCCACAUCUACGUGGACAAGAACUCCGAGGGAAACGUCUAUGUUAAGUGUCCUUCCAUCCCUGUCGCCAUGGCUGCCGUCAACACCCUCCACGGACGUUACUUUGCGGGGAAAAUGAUCACAGCAGCAUUCGUUCCUCUGCCAACCUACCACAACCUUUUCCCAGAGUCGGUUACUGCCACUCAACUGCUUGCCCCGCCCCCUCGUCGGUGAACCACCACCACCUUCCUGCCUUCCAUUGGACACUGGACAAUAGAGAUCACCCUUCUCUUCUUAAGUUUCCUGUUGCAGACAUUUUUUGUUCUUGUAAAGUUUUUUUUUUUUCUGCUCCUCCCUGUUGAGGCGACCAAUGAUUGAACUCCAUGAGCUGAGGGGAGGUGGGCUGAUCAAGCUGAUAUUUAAGUCUUUCUAAUGCAAAUAAGUUGUUUUUUGUAAAAAAAAAAAAACCUUGAAUAAAUUUUAUUUUGA